UAGCGAUCGUCUAACUUUUUGAAAUUUCAAGAUUGUUUCAUUUGAACAAAAAGACAUUUGCUUACGUCCAACAAUAAAAUAUAGAUAUUAGACACAAUGCCACCGAAGAAAAAAGGGAAAGCUGAUAAGCUUUCUAAAAUGACAGAUGAAGAAAGGGCUAUUUAUCUUGAACAGCAAAAAAUUGCUGAAGAAGAAGCAAAGGCGAAGAAAACAGCAUUGUUAACCCAGUAUCUACAAGAUAAACUUGACCAUGAAGAGAAAGCAACUAAGCUAAAUAGAGCGAAACUGAUACACUAUUGGAGAACUAUUAUGCGUGAAACAAAAUCUAAAGAAUUAAAAAGAGAUACAGAAAUAUUAGCACAAACUUUUGAAAGGAUCAUGGAUCGGAAGGAGAAUAUCAUGAAAACGCUCGUUUCGGAUCUCAAUGAAGCAGAGGAACAACAUCUUAUGGCCUUACGAUCUCAUUUACAAAAUGUAGAUACUUUAAUAGACUUACAAAACCAACGAUUACGCAAACUGAAAACUGACUAUGAAACAGAAAUGAAGUAUUUGGUAGAAGAGUUUGAAAAAGAGGAGAACUAUAUUACACAACAGCAUGAGAAACAAAUCAAUGAUUUAAAAAAUAUUUUCGUUGCACUGGAUUCCACAUAUACAGCGAAGAUAAAUGAGGCCAUUAUCGAUCAAAAUAGUCUAAAGGAUGACUUGAAAAAUAGAAGCCUAGAAGAUAAACAUACAUUGAGAAUAAGUUUAGAAGCCAAAGUCAAUAGUCUGUGGUCUGAAUUCAAACAAGCUUCAGCUCAAUAUACAACAACUACAAACGAGAAAAAAUCCUUCUUUGAAAAUUUAAAAGCAAAAGAUGAACGUUCUGCCACUGAAAUUCAACAUCAUAUAAAUAAAAUACAAAAAAUCAAUGAGAAUAUUGCUUCAACAAAACGUCGUAUGAUGAAAGUUGCUAAAGAAUAUGAAGAGAAAAAUCGUAAAUUAAGAGAAGAACGUGAUAAGUUAAUUGUACAAUUUCAAAUGUUAAAGAUACAAAUUAAUAAAUCACGCGAAAUACAACAUAAAAAUUUGAUUAAAAUGUCACUUGAAAGUGGAGAAGCAAUAAAAAAGGUUCAGUAUUUACUGGAUAAAGCUGAGAAAAUUAUUAAACUAGGCGAACAGUGUAGAAAGUAUGAAACAGAAGAAGAGAAAGUUGUACCAUUUUAUGCAUCAAGUUUAACUGCUGAAGAAGAGAAAGCGGUUCAAGAAUUUUAUGAGAAUGAAACUGAUGAGGAAAUUUCAAAGAUAUUAAAACGAUGCAUUCCACUGGAAAUGUUUUGGAGACGAUUUAACAAAGUUCAAUUGGAUCGGUUAGCCAUUGCUAAGGAACACAAUAUGUUGGAGCAAGAAAAUCUUCAAUUAAAAUUAUUAUUAAAACAAUAUUUAGAUGGUAUAUCGAUAAGUAAUGAAGUAGUAACUGGUGAUAAUUCAUUGCUUGUUAUAAAUGGACGUUCAAAUGUUAGGCAUUUAAGCAUAGCAAACGAUCCACGAAUCAAAAUGAUACCAACUGGAGAGAAUACAAACGAUGGUAAUGCUUCAAAGGAGAUAAUAAACUAUGCCACUACACCAACCACAGUCGACUAUAGAGUUAAACAAACAAUUUAAUUAAUGAACAAUUUCAAAAUGAUAUGAAAUAAGAAAAUCAAUGAGAUAAUUUAUUCUUUUUGAAAAACCUUAUUACCUGUAAAUUCAUUGUCCAG